GCGGUGGUAGUGGGGGGAGCAGGGAACGGAGGGGGGCACUGAAGGCGGCUCAUCUCUGUGCGAGGCGGGGGCCGAGGGACUGGAGCAUUGUGCCUCAUCCGCUGACACUUUACUGCCGGAUUGCAUAGGGGUGAGCAGGGCUAGAGCAGGGGCUUGGAUGAAAGUUUGCUCGGAUUUCAGUGCACGGGAGAUCCACAGUCAUGUUAAAGUAAAACCGAAAGGCGCCGUGCUGAACAUGCUAAGGAGACUGGACAAGAUAAGGUUCAGAGGUCAGAAGCGAGAUGAGUUUCCAGAUUUAGCGGAGUCUCCAAAUGCUUCGGAUACUGAAUGUGGAGAAGAAAUCCCACUGAAGAUACCUCGAACUUCGGUCAAAGACAAUGAGGAGCUAAAGGACCCUGCUGGUUCGGGGACCAUUGUCAUGGCUUCUGGAGUAGUAUCGGAAUUUAACCGCACAGAGUCUGACCGGCUAAAUGAAGUCAAAGGGCAUCUGGAAAUCGCCUUACUGGAAAAACACUUCCUUCAGGAAGAGCUCAGGAAGCUGCGAGAAGAGACGAGCAUCGAAACAUUAAAGCAAGAGUUGGAAAAAGAGCGGCAGAAAAGAAUAGAACUGGAACAAAAAAUCUGUGAAGCCAUCAAAACUAGGCCUGAUGAAUCUACCGCUCAACAGCCUUCCAAAGGGCAGACACAGACCAAUGGAGCAGAAAAACCUCAAAAGAAAACUGUGUGUGCAAGAGUCCAAAAAUGGUUUUAUGAGAAGUUUGGGGAGUACAUUGAAGAUUUCCGGUUUCAGCCAGAAGAGAGUACUGUGGAAACGGAGGAGCCGCUAAGUGCUAGAAGGCUGACUGAAAAUAUGAGAAGAUUAAAGAGAGGUGCCAAACCUGUCACGAAUUUUGUGAAGAACCUUUCUGCCUUAUCAGACUGGCAUUCUGUCUAUACGUCUGCUAUUGCCUUUAUUAUUUACAUGAAUGCUGUGUGGCAUGGCUGGGCCAUUCCCAUGUUUUUAUUUUUAGCUAUUUUGAGGUUGUCCCUUAAUUACCUCAUUGCCAGGGGUUGGAGGAUACAGUGGAGCAUUGUGCCUCAAGUUUCAGAAACAAUAGAACUUCCAAAAGAAGAUCUCACGGUGUCUGAAAAGUUUCAGUUGGUUCUAGAUGUAGCACAAAAAGCACAGAACUUGUUUGGCAAGAUGGCAGACAUACUGGAAAAAAUUAAGAAUUUGUUUAUGUGGGUCCAGCCAGAAAUCACCCAAAAACUAUAUAUUUGCCUGUGGGCAGCCUUUGUAGCAUCCUGCUUCUUUCCCUACAAAUUGAUUGGGCUUUGCAUAGGACUUUAUGCUGGCAUUAAGUUUUUUCUCAUCGACUUCAUCUUCAAACGUUGUCCAAGACUACGAGACAAGUACGACACCCCUUAUAUAAUCUGGAAAAACCUCCCGACUGACCCCCAACUUAAAGAGAGGACAAACGCUACUGUAUCCAGACGGCUGUCAGGGCAUGACAAGCUUCAGACUGUAUCCUCGAGAAGUAGUGUAGCGAGUGGAGCCCCACAAGGGGUCAGCAGAGACGACGAAGGAGGACGCUUCCAUAACACAAAAAAGAAUAGUUUUCAUGAAGUCUUCAAUUUAGCUGAAACCGAGCGCCCGCUGCCAGUGUGUGACACUGGUUGGCGCUGCUGCUUGAUUAACAGAGACAGGAAGAUGCCCACUGACUACAUUAGAAACGGUGUAUUGUACGUCACAGAAAACUUUUUAUGCUUUGAGAGUUCAAAAUCUGGUUCAUCUAAAAGGAAUAAAGUGAUAAGAUUGACAGAUAUAACGGACAUUCAGAAGUAUAAAGUGCUGUCUGUAUUGCCAGGCUCUGGGAUGGGCAUUGCGGUAUCAACACCUUCUACGCAAAAGCCACUCAUUUUUGGUGCCAUGGUACACAGAGAUGAAGCGUUUGAAACCAUCUUUAGCCAGUAUGUCAAAAUAACUUCGGCAGUUACGAACAGCGACACUUAGAACAAUUCUGCAUUCCUCAUCCUGGCUUUAUGAUGUUCAUUUUGCCUUGCACCUCUUUAGUGUAUUUUGCAAUAAUUUUACUGAAUAGAGGGUUAUCUUUCUGUUACAUGAAAUAAGUGUUUUUUUUUAUGUGUUCAUCCAGAUUUAUUUCAAAAUAGCAGUCCUCCUAUAUAUAUUUUUAUAAUCUUGAAACAAAAUUUGUCCUCAUGAGCACAGCUGUGUCCCUUUUGAAAAUAUUUUAAAAGUAUUUUAGUAUACACAUGUUGAAAGUCAUAACAGGCAUUGUGUUCUAAGCAGGAUAUCUUUACCUGGCGUCUUUAUUAAAGGUCAGCUUGGCUCCAUGUUAGGCUAUGCAGACAGGUAGAUAAUUUCUACGAGCCUGUG